GAGUGCACUCUUGCCCCAACUGCAAUGGAGGACAGUGACCAUGAGGCUCACUCUUCAUCAGACGAGCAGGACUCCUGCCCUGCCUCCCCUAAUCACAGCAGGGACCAUGAUGCUGAGCAGCAUUCAAGCCUUUCAGACGACUCAGAGGUGGAGAACAUUAUGCAAGACCCUCACUACCAAGGAGGGCAUGGUCACAGCCACCACCAUGACCACGACCACAAGCACCACCAUUACCAUCAUGGCCCUGAGCCUCAUGAUGCAGACAGGGAAGCUGAGGGCGAAGACCGCCCCCAUACCCCAUCUUAUUUGCGUCCCCCUGUGGCAGGUAGGGCGCAGUCGGAUUCAGGUUCAGACCCCAGUUUGCCGCAGAGCAGAAGUGUGGAGUUUGACUUGUCGUCCCCCAUCAGUCCCUCCAGGCCCAAGAGCCCGUGGGGUCGAUUUGACCCUUACAACAACAACGAGGACCAGGACAAGGAAUAUGUCGGUUUUGCAACAUUGCCAAACCAGGUCCAUCGCAAGUCAGUCAAGAAGGGAUUUGACUUCACACUCAUGGUGGCAGGGGAGUCUGGCCUGGGAAAGUCCACUUUGGUCAACAGUCUGUUUCUCACAGAUCUUUACAAAGAUAGGAAGCUGCUCAAUGCUGAAGAGCGAAUCACACAAACAGUAGAAAUCACCAAACACACAGUGGAUAUAGAAGAGAAAGGUGUCAAACUGAAGCUCACCAUUGUGGACACCCCUGGAUUUGGGGAUGCUGUAAACAACACUGAAUGCUGGAAGUCAGUGGCUGACUACAUCGACCAGCAGUUCGAGCAGUAUUUCAGGGACGAGAGCGGCCUCAACCGCAAGAACAUCCAGGACAACCGUGUACACUGCUGUCUCUAUUUCAUCUCACCCUUUGGUCAUGGUCUUCGGCCUUUGGACGUGGAAUUUAUGAAAGCUCUGCAUGAGAAGGUUAACAUCGUCCCCGUUUUGGCCAAAGCUGACACACUCACCCCAAGUGAGGUCAAGAAAAAGAAAAUCAAGAUCAGAGAGGAGAUUGAACAGUAUGGUAUCAAGAUAUACCAGUUUCCUGACUGCGACUCUGAUGAAGACGAGGAAUUCAAGCAGCAGGACCUCGAGCUGAAGGAAAGCAUUCCCUUUGCGGUAAUUGGCAGCAACACAGUGGUGGAGGCCAAAGGGAAGAGGGUGCGGGGCCGUCUGUACCCCUGGGGCAUCGUAGAAGUGGAGAACUCGGCACACUGCGAUUUCGUGAAGCUGAGGAACAUGCUCGUUCGCACGCACAUGCAAGAUCUCAAGGACGUGACCCGGGAGACCCAUUACGAGAACUACAGAGCCCAGUGCAUCCAGAGCAUGACCCGCAUGGUCGUGAAGGAACGUAACCGCAAUAAACUAACCAGGGAGAGCGGUACAGACUUCCCCAUCCCCGUGGUGCCUGGAGUGACGGACAGCGAGACAGAAAAGCUCAUCCGAGAGAAAGAUGAGGAGUUGCGGCGGAUGCAGGAGAUGCUGCAGAGGAUCCAGGAUCAAAUGCACACUCAGAAAGACGCCUACUAACACAGGACACCAGUCACGCUGUACACUUCUCUCUCUCACUGGGAUUAAAAAAAACAAAAACCCACACCCAGGAUACCUUGAUUCCUCUCUAGAACAUUGACAUCCCUACGUGUCCACCCAACCACCGCUCAACCUCAUCAGCAGCACGUUACACAUGGAUCAGGGACCUGCGAGGAGGUGGUAAGACGAUCUGACAUUUGCAGCUUCACGACUCCCUUUAUCCUCUCCAGAAUCUCUGACAUUAGUGGCACCACUGCUGCAAAACACUCAACCCUCCUCCACCCCACUGUUUUCUGGUCUGUCAAAAGAAUAAAAUCAUUGAAAAAUGGACAGGUUUGAUGUUUGAAUAAAUCGGUCUCUGGUUUGAGGGUUAGUUCACAUAUCUGAACUUUAUUUAGCCACAUGAUCACGGGGUUAUUGUUUUUUUUUUUGUUUUUUUUUUACACGAGGUCUUAUAUAAGGUUUACAUCUAAGUACUGGUGACCUGCCUAGAUUUUUUAUAAGCACGCUUUUCUGGUGAAAGUGUUUAUUUUUAUUAUCCUUAUAGAUCAACAUGCAUAUAUACUGUCAUAAUUUAAUUUUCUAUAUUACACUCAAAUAUUUUUUCUACAGUUUUUCAUCUUUUACUGUAUUUGUUCUUGGUUUUAUUUAACUACACGCUACAACACUGCUGGACAUCAUGUAUGGAGGAUUUAUUUAUGUAGAGGUUCCUGUUUGCUUUGAUUUGAAUUUUGUUUCAUCGGUGUCUGCAUGUUUAUCGUAGUUGCCACCUCCGCUUCCUGACAGCAUGGAUGUUAGCGGCUCUGCUCCACGUCAGCCAGUCUGAACUCACAUAAGAAGCCACCACAUACUGGUUUCCACAUCAACAUUUAAAAUAAUCUAGCCUUUUAAAUGACAGAGGAGUCUUUCAUUAUUAUUUGGAGAAUUCCCCAAAGUAGAGUUGUUUCAGAGUCAUCUCAUACGUGGUUGUAUGAUGACAGAACCAUCCACAGGUCACAUGUGAGAGCUGAUGACACCGGUCGGUGGUCAGAGCCGAUGACGACUUUGAUAAGACAGGACCCUUGAUUUGCAUGAGGUGAGUGUCCAAGGGAAGGGAUGCAUCAGAGGCCAUGCAGUGUAUUUAUUUUUGCAUGUGUUUGUGAAGGUUACUCAGAUUGCAGAUCAAUGUAGUGAUCAUAAGGUUAUUUAUGGGCAAAGAAAACAUGUAGCUACUCAACUGUUGGGGGAAAUAUAUUGAGAAGAGGUGGAAUUUUUUUUUUUUUUUUUUGCUAUAAUGGUGUCCUCACUUCACGGGAAGUCAUAUGUUGGAUGUGUGCUAACCUUAACGUUUAUCUUAUAACCAAAGCCAACAAUGACAAACUUAAUUGUCCUAAAUUUUCCUUUUCAAAGUGUGAGUUUUGUUUUGUAUUGACAUGAAGAAUAUCGUUUUGGAAUAACUUAUCAAAGCCAAGAGUAAUGAUCAGAGCUGUUUAAUGAACUUGAUUCUCUUGCUAAUCAUUUCUAUGUUCCGAGUACAAAGGUACAAACCUUUACUCUCUUUUUUUCAAAUCAGAUGACUCUGCCAUGUUGUGUGACCUUUGUUUAAAAAAAAAAAAAAAAAAAAGAACAUUCCUUGAGCUUCUGUCCCAGAGUCAGGUAUUACUUUUUCUUUCUUUUUUUAACUCGUUUGUUUUAUAUUAAAUUUGUCUUUUGUUGUUAUACUUUUUGGAGUAUAUUUAUGUAAUAAAUU